UGAGAAAAUGUUCGAGUCAGAUUUCUGUGAGAAGUCGAAGGACAUAAUUGACCUACCGCACAAAAACUUUGACGAUGUUCACUCCUUACUACAGUUACUAGUUCCUGGUUGCAACAGAACAAAACUAACUUGUGAAAACGUAACAAAGGGGACUUAUGGCUAUGCCAUGCAUCACAAAAUCCGCAGGAAAUGCCAAGAAAAGGCUCGACAACAAGUUGUCAUGCCUCAUUCAGGACCAGCUGCGACAGACACAACGUAUUUUUAAAACAGGUGGCAUCAACGUCAUCACUAAUCUUCAGAUUAAUCCUCGACGCCACAGGUUUUAAUCAGCACUGAACGGGUCGCCAUGUCUCCUUAUAUAUCAGAAAACUGCAAUGACAUCCAGUCUGGCAACGUUAUAUCCUGUGAACCUUACCACAAAGGUUCGGAAACCGACUUAGCUUCAAGCUAUAGUCUUGAACGUAGUUCACCAACCCGCUCGAAAUUCGUCUCUGAGAAACCUAGCCUUCGCCUCAAAGGAAAGACACAACCCCUGUCGACAGGAGACAUCACAGAGUCGCAAAGGAUGAAAAACAUUUCGGACAAGUUGAACGGAUAUCUUUCUAGCAACAGCCAAACUGACCACUAUAUCUUCAACUGCUUUCCCGACUCAAAGAAGAUGAUCCAGAUAUCGCUGGAUGUGAAUGUCCGGGGCAGAUGGAUGCAGAUCUACCUGCUGGACUCUGAGAACCUUCAUCUGAAGCGUGUAGCAGACGACAAGAAGAACAUCAUGGCGCGAAUCUACUUGGCCAAGAAACCCACUCUGUUUUCGAGGACCAAUGUUUACCUGACUCCCGCCCAGGAGGUGAAGAUGAAGGGAACCGUAACGUUCAACCACAUAGGCGAAUACGUGAUCAACAACUACAUCUUGCAUAUUGAGGUCUUUAAGAAGUGUCAGUAUACCCAGGCGACCUUUUCUUUGGGGAAGACCAAAGUCGACAUGAAGAUGUUCCAGCUACAGAAUAACGCGAUUCUGUGGAAGUCUCUUGAGCCAGAUAGCAAACCCAAAGGAAAAAUAGCAACAUGUCUUGGUCGUCUAUUCGGUAAAAAUAAAAACUGAACAAUAUUCUAGAAUUUAAUAGACAGGUUGUAGAAACAAAAAGACAAGUGUUGAAAUGUAAAAUACAGAUCCUAGAAAUAAAAAUACACCUUGCUAAAUCUAACAUACAAAUCCUAGAAAUUAAAAGAUAAUCGGUAGAAACUAAUCCCAGAAUUAAACACAGAUCCUGGACUCUCAAAAGCAAAUUUUAAAAUGUAAAACAAAUGCUGGAAACUGGAAGACAAAAGCUAAAAGAGAGAGAGGUGGAGAGAGAGGAGAGAGAGAGAGAGAGAGAGAGAGAGAGAGAGAGAGAGAGAGAGAGAGAGAGAGAGAGUGUGUGUGUGUGUGUGUGUCAUUUGGAAACCAAAUACCACAACAUAGGUGAAACGCUUAUUCUCGAGAACUAUUCCUAUUUUCAUAUCGAAUGUGACUCCCAAUGUUAAUACAUAUCGAUUUGAUAUUAAUCACAACUGGUAAACAAACGAGUCGGACGAUUUUGGUAAUUGGUGUAUCAGUUGUGUACAUGUAUAUAUAUAUUUUUAUUUGUAUUCAUUUGAGCAGGUGUAUCUGCGCAUGUUUGUUUAUGUGCAUAUAUAUUUAUUUACGUCUGCAUGUAUGUUUAUGCUAUUCUAUAUUGCAUUUGUAUAUUUUGUGGUUCGAUCUUAUUUUUGCGGGAUGAACAGCCCAAGUAACAUGUCUGUUUAGACUUGGUUUUUUUUCGUGUACAUACAAUAAUGGUUUGUGUAAUUAUCUAUAUAUAACAUAGUUCUGUUGUUGAAUAUAUGAUUAAUGAUUACCAGAUUCAGUGGUGCAUGUAGUGAAGAUGGUAUAUGUUUUGCCCCUAAACUAUUUUUGGCCCGCCCUUGGAUUCUGAUGAGAAGCGGUACAAUUGUAGACAGCAUUAUCGUGAUAGGUUAAAUGUUAUAGAAUAAUAACUUGAAGGGCAGGCCGGGGGCGUGUUAGAAUUAUUUUGAUUGUUGGGCGUGGGGGAAGAGUGGCAGAGUAUUAACUGAGACAGGGCCCAGGAUAAAGUGAUUGCACCACUGAAUACACGGAAAUGUACAGCUGAAUAUGAAACAAAAUAAAUAUUUGUGUCAAA